GGUUUGUUUUCGCUUUUGUUUUCGUCGCGCCGCGGUUUUCACAGUGAAUGCAUCGAUGUGCGUUAGCCGCUCAGCAGAGAGCUGAGGCGUUUAAAAUCAAACGCACCUUUUCGUUUCUCAGUGGACCAAUCACAGGCUGCGGUGAUGUAAACAAGGAAGUGGCGAGUGCAAUCGAACGCGAGAAACCAAAAGGAGAGACAAUAAACGGGGGAACUUUAAACAUUUGUUCACUUUCUAACUAUCAUUUUCUCCUCAUACAAACGAGUUGGAGCAUUUAUUUCGACGCUGAAACAGGCGCGUGAUUUGUUUUGUCUUUUAUUUAUGUUGAAGCUCCUUCGUCACGUUAGUGUCACAGGUGGAGAAUGGAAGAAAAACACAAGCGGAUUCUUCAGCGGAACAGGAUCAGUCUGGUCACAGACAUGAACCCCACAGACCUCUACGAUGGCCUGAUUGAAAAGAGGGUUUUCACCCACGACAUGAUCGAUGAGAUUAAGUCAGCUGGGACCAGACGUGACCAGGCCAGACAGUUGGUACGGGACUUAGAGACCCGUGGGAGUCGAGCCUUUCCAUUAUUUCUGACCUGUCUUCAGGAGACAGGUCAGCAAAGUCUGGCAGAGCUCCUGCAGAGUGCAACAGUUCAUCUAAAACCUGCAACACCCACUCAGGUUACUCGCCCUGUUGUUCAUCCUCUCCCCAUUUCUUCCCCGAUGGAUGUAGAUAGGCAAAGAAAAGACAGUGUCCCUGUUUAUCCAAUACAAAAACCCAGUUCCACUAUCACUCCAUCACCUGAAGGGGAGUCUCUAAUAUCAAGGCCACAAGGCAGAAUACGGCGGGGCAGUAUUCAGAGCUAUAAAAUGGAUGCCAGCCCAUGUGGUCACUGCCUCAUCAUUAACAAUGUGGAGUUUGACUCUCAGAGUGAGCUCAGCAAUCGCAAGGGCUCCAACAUUGACUGUGACAAGCUGGAGAGCAGAUUCAAGUCACUCAACUUCAUUGUGGAAGUGAAGACGAACCUAAAACAAAGACAAAUCAAACACGUCCUAUCGGCGCUGUCUAAGCGAGACCACUCACAGUAUGACUGCUGUGUGGUUAUCAUGCUAUCCCAUGGAACUGAGGUGAGCCACAGCCGCUUCCCUGGUGCUGUGUAUGGUGUAGAUGGACAGUUUGUCCCAGUUCAGCAUAUCACAAACUACCUCAACGGUCAGCAUUGCCCGUCGUUACAGGGAAAACCCAAACUGUUCUUCAUCCAGGCAUGUGGAGGAGAUGAAAGAGAUACAGGCGUUGAGGUGUCCCCAGAUGAAUUUGAGCGAUCCAUCGGUGGAAUAGAUGACCAGACAGAUGCCAUCCCGAUGUCAUCCAGCAGUGACUCCCUGAGCAUGUCUGACGAGCCAGAUGCCAGAACCACUCUCCCCACCCCAAGUGACAUUUUGGUGUCCUACUCCACUUUUCCUGGUUAUGUUUCUUGGAGAGACACCCAGUCAGGAUCCUGGUACGUUGAGACACUGGACCGUAUUCUUGAGGAAAGCGCUGCUACUAAUGACCUGGUUACCAUGUUGAUGAUGGUUAAUCAUGAAGUUUCCCAAAACUCUGCGAAGGGGCUCUACAAGCAAAUGCCUGGUUCCUUUAACUUUCUCCGCAAACUUCUCCACUUUCAAACCCAAGUAUAGCACUGGCUAAAUUCAACAUGACUCGCUUCUUGUUUUAACCUUCAUCUUUUUUCUAAAUUACAUUUUUAGACAAAUCAUACAUUUACAGUGAAAACAUGGAAAUUGUAAAUGUUAAUUUUUUUUUAAUAUCGAUGUCAUAUGUUGACAGACAAUCGACAAAAUGUGUUGUGUGUGAUCUGCGAAAACAACAAUCUAAUAAUGAUCCCGGAAAUCUUCCACAUUCUUUGACUGAACUGCUGUUCAUUAAUUAAACACCGUUUUUCUACAGCUGAUGAGUUCAUAAUCCAACACACACACAAUGCAACAGUUAGCUGACAUUCAACACCAUCCGUCAUCUACUGUAUGAGUAUUAUAAUUUAUAAAGACAGCAAGCACAGCAACUAGACUGAGAUGCAGUCAUUUGAAUUGUGAACACUGACAUUCCUCUGAUAAACCCUGCAACACAUUAUUGUACUAUUGUAUUAUUACUGUGAUGUUUCUGAUUCCAUGGUACAAAUUAAAAUAAAUGAGCUUUUAUCAAAGAAAACCUUAAAUACAGUUGGCUUUCUUA